AUGUCCCCAUCAAUAGUAGAGAUCAUGUCCACCCCACCACCUCUUUCGCCUUCUUCCUCUUCUAUGACAUACUCAUCUUCCUCGCCUACCACGCCCAAUUCACCAAGUAAAUUGAUAUUCUUCCCUCAACCACUUAGCUUCGAUCACGACGACGAAGAGGAAGAUGUAUUCGCUGCUACACCUUCCUCAUAUAGGAAUCAAUCACUGGCCAAGCGGAAAAUCAAUGACGAUUUCAGUUCAUUGGCUUUUGGAUUGGGAGGAAUAGACAAGUUACCUGAUGAACCAUUCUAUCCCAGUACUUCAAUUACAUUCAGAGAUAUCGAUCCUCUUCCUGCUAUACCUCUCAAUGCUACACAACACCCCUCUUCAGGUAGUCGUGGUGGUACGAAUGGAAAUCAGCUACUUCCCUCAGCUAUACCGUAUAGCAACUCAGGUAUCUCGCAGCCUGUCGAAACGCAAAAGGAAAAACGAAAACCAUUCGGACACACUUUCCUACCACCUUUACCACCCCAACAAAAAGGUGUACCCACACCUCUACUUCCCAUGGGAUUCUUACCUCCUCCUUCAUCUUGGCGACCACCUUCCAGCCGAUCUCCUACAAAAUCACCUUUAAGAAGGACCGAUUCGGAUGUCCUCCUUCCUUCUGAAGCUGACAUCCAGGCUGAGGAACUCAAAAGACCAAUCAAGUUUAAUGGACAUGUGAGGAAGAGCUCGAACGAUUCUGAAAUGACCAUCAAGUUAGGUAAUGGGUUCGUAGCUUUGGGUGUAUCUCCGCCUCAGGACUUUGAUGAUGGUGACAGUGGUGAUUUUCAUUCCCAACCUCAAAAACCGAUGAGCAUCAACACUUAUGGACAUGGAUAUGGUAUUGAACCAAGAUCAAAACCCAAUAUCUCAAGGACUGUGAGUCAACGCGAUCCGAUAGCUGUACGACAAGAAGGUUAUUCGGGUGGAAGUGGGAACGGCAAUAGAUAUAGAUCAUCCUCAACAACCGAUAUCAAUCCCAAAUCACCGCCGCAACCUUCCUCACCCACACCGUACUCGUAUAAACCACAUGUAUCUUCACCUUUGAACCAAAAUGGUAGACCCACUUCGCCAAUCCCAUUUGCAAUAGAUGAAGACUACUUCCAACCCCAAUGGCAAGCUACGAUCGGGAGUCGAUUCACCAGACCUGUAUCACCUUCUUUACCAGAAGAUCUCCUUACGCCACACGCACAUAAUAUCUAUGUGCACCAAACAUUGUCAUCAGCACCUAAACGACCCAAAUCACCUACGACCGCCAGAGAUUCCCUGAACGCGGUUCUGACAAGACACCCUAAAUAUGAGGAUGGUGAUGAUGCGGAAGGGUACGAAGAAGAUUCAUUAGAUAGACUGAUCAGGAAUGCUCAAAGAUUCGAAUCUGGUUCUUCAUCGUAUUUCCCCAAUACACCACCUGAAUCACCUUCAGCCCAUCCUUAUAUUUUACCUCUAUCUUCCAACUCCAAUGUGAUCAAGUCUAAAUCCAAGUCAAAUGGGAAGAGGGGAUUCCCAAUACUCAAAUCACUUUUCCCACCUUCGCCACCACCUUCUUCACCAUCUAUGAAUGGUACUGCCUCUCCUGAGGUCGAAGACAAUGAUAGACCGAAUGAGAAUGCGUAUGGCCAAUGUCAAAGUUCCUUUGAUGUGAACAAAGUCAACGAGAGGUUGAAGACUCAAAGAGGUAGAAUAUGUUUUGAAGAGUUGGAAGGCGUCGGUCAACCUUUCUUCGAGCAUGAGAAUGAAGAUGAGGGGGUGGGAUAUAGACAAGGAAUGAAGCGUGGUACACAUCAGAAUGGAAAGAAAGAUGUAUUCAGACCUGGUACGGGAAGAAGGUGGACAUUACCUUUCUAG